CCUCUCUUGCCAUUGAUUUGUGUCCCGUCCAGGAGGUGUUGCGUCCCCUGCCGUACGCCACCCUGUCAGUUCUCUCGAGACCGAGCCAUGACAGCCUUCAAAGGCAUCUGGACUCAGGAGUUCUGGCGCUGCGUGGGGGCCGAGUUCUUCGCCAUGCUCCUCUUCGUCCUGCUCAGCCUCGGGUCCACCAUCCACUGGGCGGCUGUGGAGGACGACCCCAGCCCCCCCGACCUGGUCCUCAUCUCGCUCUGCUUCGGCCUGAGCAUCGCCACCAUGGUGCAGUGCUUCGGCCACGUCAGCGGCGCUCACAUUAACCCUGCGGUCACAGCAGCCAUGGUGGUGACCAGAAAGCUCAAUCUGGCUAAAGCCGUCUUCUACUUGCUGGCCCAGUGUGGCGGAGCCACGGUCGGGGCUGCCAUCCUGUACGGCAUCACCCCGGUCUCUGUGAGGGGGGACAUGGGGGUCAGCAAGAUAAAUCCCAGUGUCUCCGUGGGGAACGCUCUGGUUGUGGAGCUCUUCAUCAGCUUCCAGCUCGUCUUCACCGUGUUCGCCACCUGCGACCACAAACGUACCGACCUGAAGGGUUCGCCUGCUCUGGCUAUCGGCCUGUCUGUGUGUAUCGGUCAUCUGUUUGCUAUUCCCUACACGGGAGCCAGCAUGAACCCGGCCCGAUCCUUUGGCCCCGCCAUCGUCACUUGGAGCUGGGAAAACCACUGGGUGUACUGGGUGGCUCCGACUCUGGGAGGGACCUUGGCUGCAGCUCUGUAUGAGUACCUGUUCUAUCCGGACCCGGAGCUGAAGAGACGUUACUCCGAGGCCUUCGUCAUCAAGACGCCGUUCACUGCUGCUAAACAGCGUCAGGGCUCCGUCACGGCGCAGGAGCCUCUCUUCACCGUCAUGGACGUGGAGAGAGCCGAGAGGAAGGAGAGAGAGAGGGAGGUGUCGGGGGACGUGUUGUCCUCCGUAUGACUAGAGAGGAACGGCACUGAUCCGCUCCAGUCUGCUGAUCAACAGUCAGCUCUGAAGGAGACCGACCUCCUUUAGACACUAACAAAUGGAGCAAAUAGGAAUGAGUCAGAUUGUGUUUGUCUUUAUUAACUGUAGUAAUGCAUUUAGGUCAGGGGUCGGCAACCUUUAUGGGCAAAAGAGCCACUGUUGGCAGAAAAAUGGGAAAAAAUGUCGGAAUGGAGCCGCAAACCUUAUUCCAAGCCUUACAAUGACGAUCAAACAGCUGGCUAAGUCUAAACUAUCCUACCAGCUUUACUAAUAGGUCAUAAUGAGCAUUUAUCGAUAGGAUUUUGUCAGAGAGCAGUGAGAACCAAAGUGCAAAUGAGAGGCUUGACACUUGACAAAUAUCUCAGGAGACCUGGAAUCAAAAGCUAGCCUUCUAGGGAAACUUAAAACUAGACUUGAAGUUGGCAAAAUUUAGAGGUUAAGGUGGCGGGCCGUCGAAUUUUGUAAGCUAUGAUGCACAUUUAAUUUAAGUAACAACAACAAUGUUUUAAUGCCAUAUAUUAGCUGCACAUUUUUACAAUAGAAGAAUAUAAAUCGAUUUGGGUCUACACCAACGUUAAACAAAAAUUAAAAAGUAAACAACUAACCGUUUCAUUUCCUAUAAAUGUUUUGGAAGCAACUGCAGAUGGCCUGAAGAGCCACAUGUGGCUGUGGAGCCGCAGGUUGCCUACCACUGAUUUAGGUUUUUACCAGUAAAAUGUAAGAAAAAAACAUGCGUCGUUAAAAACGAUGUUUGAGCUCUUAUAAUAUAAUGUGUUUUUCAAUGGUGUUCAUAUUAAAGGAAGGGGAUGGAAGUUUAUACAAACUGCCUCUGACCUGCAGUCAUUGACCAUGGGGACUUUUCCUGCUGCAAUAACUGCUAAAAUCUAGGCAG